CCCUCCCUUUCCUCUCCACCUCCCCUAGCUCCUCCCUAUGUCCCAACUCCAAAACCAGCAUUAACUAGUGUUCAGGGACUCUCCCUCGCCCCUACUUCUCUCGCGGCCAGCUCGCUCUCGAGAAAAGAACAUGUGCAGCUCCAGAAUCAAGUCAGGCCAUGCAGUUGGCCUCGAGGCGGUGGCGCAAAUUGAUGGAAGGGCAGUCUUGCAGCCUGCUUGCAACCGUAUCGCAACCUUGGAGGCCUGCAGGCCGCUGAAGAAGACCUUACAGAAAUCCGUUUCUUUGCCUACUUCCUUCCCCAUCACUAGCGCCAAUUCCGAUUUUGAUGCUGACGAAACUAAACUCGUUGCCUCUUCGCCCAAGCCUCCCAAGUUCUCGCCGCCGGUGUCUCCCAAGGCGAAGCCUGCCAAUGUUGUGCUCAAGCGUGGCAAUGACCCCAACGGUCUGAACUCGAGCGGCGAGAAGCCGGCGACACCCAAGGCCUCCACGAAGCCGACUCCGGUGGUGAGGAAGAAAUCGAAGAAAACUAGCAGUGCUGGCCAAGGUGGCCCUCCCGUAGAAUCCUCCUUGUUUUCGAGCUGUGAUAGAGCUCCAGGCAGCAUUGCAGCGGCUCAGAGGGAGCAGGCUAGCCUCAUCCAAGCCCAGAGGAAGAUGAGGAUCGCCCAUUAUGGGCGGACAGCAUCAAAGCUUGAAGGGAAGGUAGUCCCAGUGGACUCUUCCAGCAGUGCUAGCCUGGAGGAGAAGAGAUGCAGCUUCAUAACCUCCUAUUCUGACCCACUCUAUGUAGCAUACCAUGAUGAGGAGUGGGGAGUUCCAGUCCAUGAUGACAAGAUGCUGUUUGAAUUACUAGUGCUAUCUGGUGCUCAGGUUGGAUUGGAUUGGACUACCAUAUUGAGGAAAAGGAAUGACUUCAGGGCAGCUUUUGCCGAAUUUGAUGCAGAAGUGGUCUCCAAGUUCACAGAGAGACAAAUGAGCUCCAUCAGCUCGGAAUAUGGGCUGGAUUUGGGGAGAGUUAGAGGGACCGUGGACAAUGCUAGCCGAAUCCUCGAGGUGAGGAAGGAGUUUGGAUCCUUGGACAAGUAUCUAUGGGGGUUCGUGAACUCCAAGCCCAUCUCCACCAAUUACAAGACAUGCAGGAAGAUCCCGGUCAAGACCUCCAAAUCCGAGUCCAUCAGCAAAGACAUGGUCCGCCGGGGCUUCCGGUUCGUCGGCCCAACCGUCGUCCAUUCCUUCAUGCAGGCCGCCGGUCUCACCAACGACCACCUCAUCACGUGCCCCCGCCACCUCUACUGCUCCUCCAUCGCCGCCGCCGCCGCCGCCGCCGCCCAUUGACAACCCCAACCAUCUUUACCCUUCGAUCUAACCACCACAAUAAAUAUAUAUAUAUAUAUAUUAUAUAUAUAUAUAUCUUAGUAUUAGCCUUAGCUUUCUUUGUUUGGGUUAGCAAAGAAUCUAAUGGGGAGCGACCGGUAGUGUACAGUCUUUGUUGUGAAGCGUUGUGAACUUUUUCUCAGUGACAGGGAUGGAUGAGGCGAUGAGGAAGGAGGGUUGCGGGGGGCUGCAUGUGGCGAGGGGACAGAGAGCACGUGGGGUGGCAGGCAGCUUCACAUUUGUGUGGCAGAAGGGCUUUUUCCUUCGGCCGUGCAUGUGACCACAACACGCUUCAUUAUUCCCCAUUGUCAUCCCCCCCAGCUCGACUUCAUCCCUUUAACAGGCUGUGAGAAGACGAGAGGACCCACCAAUGGCGUUCGCCACUAGCCAUCCUUGGCUUAAUGGGGGUGUUAUUCCUCAUUCUCUUCUGAGUUCUCUUUCUUUCUCUCUCUCUCUUUCUUUCUAGGUUGGUGCUUGCUUGCUUGUUAGAAAAGAGUUGUGACAUUUCCACUGGUCUAAAUGCUUUUUGGCUUAAAGGAAAUGAAGCCCCUCUUGGUGGUGGGAUGGAUGGGCUGGCUCUCUGGAGGUCAAGUGGGGGUUUUAGAUGUUGUCAUGUGGGUGUGCAGUUUGCUUAACAGAUAGUGUAUACUCUUUUCUUUUCUUUCCUUUCCUUUAGACAUCUGUAAAAGAAUCCUUUUCCAUGUGCUCUCCCUUCUCUUUUGGGUUACCUUUGCUCCUUCCUUGUAGCCAAUUAUUGGUACGUGUUUAUGGUGAUAAGUUAUGCCUGGAA